GCACCUGCAGCCGUGCAUGCACACACAAAGGCGCAUCAAGAUUACCAUCCCAGCCGCUGUUCUUUGAGGGAGCAUAUCCCAGCCGUUGGGUGCGCGCAGAACUAGCUAGCAGUAGAGCUCAAGCAUGGCCGUGAAGAUGGCAUCGGACGGCCUGUGGCAGGGCGAGAACCCUCUCGACUUCACGCUGCCGCUCCUGGCGGUGCAGAUAGCCGUCGUGCUCGUCGUCACGCAGGGCCUCGCCUUCGCCCUCAAGCCCCUGCGCCAGCCUAGGGUCAUCGCCGAGAUCCUGGGCGGCAUCUUGCUCGGACCUUCGGCCCUGGGCCGGUGGGGCGCCUUCCGCCGCACGAUCUUCCCGGAGUGGAGCACCCCCGCGCUAGACACCGUGUCGGGCCUCGGCCUGCUCCUCUUCCUCUUCCUGGUCGGCCUCGAGCUCGACUUCCGCGCCGUUCGACGCGUGGGGCCCCGCAGCGUGGCCAUCGCAGCGGCCGGCAUCGUGCCUCCGCUGCUCGCCGCCGCCGGUAUCGUGCCACUCCUCGACCUCGCCAUCCCGGCGCCCCGCCAAGCCUCAUACCUCUCGCUGUGCGUGUUCCUCGGCGCCGCGCUCUCGGUGACCGCUCUCCCCGUGCUCGCGUGCAUCCUCAAGGAGCUCGGCCUCCUCGGAGUGCCCUUCGGCGAGACCGCCAUGGCUGCCGCCGCCGUGAACGACGUCUUCGCGUGGGCGCUCCUCGCGCUCGCUCUCGCCGUGUCCGGCGGGGGCCGCGAGCCGAAGGGACCCCCUCUCGCUCCGGUCUACAUCCUCUCGUCGGGCGCCGUCUUCGUGGCGUUCACGUUCUUCGCGCUCCGCCCUCUCAUGGCGCGCCUGGCGCGCCGCACAGGCCCCUGCAGCUCGGAAAGCAACCUGACCUGCUCAUGCGCCGUCGCGUGCGCGCUCCUAGCGGGCACCGUGACCGACGCCAUCGGCGUGCACCCCGUGUUCGGCGCGUUCGUGUUCGGGCUGGCCAUGCCCCGGGAGGACGGCUUCGCGGAGCGCAUCGGCGAGAAGGUGACGCCGCUGGUGUCCGGGCUGAUGCUGCCGCUCUACUUCGCCACGAGCGGACUGCACACGAAUGUGGACAACGUCCAGGGCGUGGCCGCGUGGGGGAUGGUGGCGCUCGUGGUGGCCGUGGCUGUGGUGGGGAAGUUCACCGGGACGUUCGCGGUAGCGGUCGCCGGGACCGGCAUGGCCAGGCGCGAGGCGGCCGCCCUCGGUGUGGCCAUGAGCGCCAAGGGUCUCGUGGAGCUCAUCGUACUCAACAUCGGCAAGGAGAAGAAGGUGCUGGACGACACGACGUUCGCCAUCUUCGUGAUCAUGGCGCUGACGACCACGGUGAUCGCGACGCCGCUCAUGACGGCGCUCUACCGGCAUCAGUCGACGGCCACCACGCCGGAGAUCGAUGGGGUGGGGCUCAAAGGAGGCGACGCUUGCCCGGCAUAAACUCAGGGAUUAUCAAUCGGUCAUAGACUCAUACUCCAUACUUUGGCAGUGAUCCUCGCUGCUGAUAUGCACCUAUGUGAAUCGUUUGGUUUGUGUGUUCAACUGUUCAUGCAUGUACUGAAGUAGGAGAGCUACGAGGUCAUGCAGGCAGGAGUUGCUCUGUUUUCUUCUUCUUCUUCUUCUUCUUGUGGCUAUCAGCUAUCCCUGAGCGAUGGCCAUGUGCCGUAGCACUACCAAGCUUCGCAAUGUAUCAUUUUGGGUUUACCCAUGUAAUGUUAUUAAUUAACUCUGAAUGAUAUCA